GUGUGUGUCAUGAUUCUCGCGCAGUUCCGAGCAAGAGAAAACCGUCCUACUUUAAUAAACAUUGACAGUAGACUGCAAUGGCUCUCACAUGCUCAGUGCGCAUCCACCGGAAUUCCUGAUUCAAAAAGAAGCUUUGAAAUGCCAAACAAUGGCGAUGCCAUUUCCACACCCACCGACCCACUAUGAACUUAUUAAUCCCCUAUUUCUCUUUCUAAAACCCCAGUACCCACAGAAACCAAUGGGUUUCAAACCACAACCCCCACCCAAAAAGAUGACCCCCUUCUCCACAACCUCCCCCACCAUCCGCAUCUCCACAGUCCUCUCCUUGACUCUCUUCUUUGCUUCCUUCCUUCUUUUCAUUAGACUCUCCAACUUCGCUCGCUCUCAACAACCGCAUCAAACCGAUUGCAGAGACGAUCGUGGCUACCAGGUGCAGGGCUGGUCCGGCGAUCUGCGCGAUUCCCGUUUCGCGUGGAACAAGCUCUGCUUCGGCCCUCCUGUCAAUCCCAGGCGCCUGCGUCUCGCUGUAUUCUCCAAGAAGUGGCCGGUAGGGGCAGCACCAGGCGGCAUGGAGCGCCACGCCUUCACCCUCUACAGUACCCUCGCCUCCCGCGGCCAUGAAAUCCAUGUCUUCACCGUCCCCUCUGACCCCUCCCGCAGCGAGUCGGGCCUCCCUGAUGGCGCCCUGCGCCUUCACUUCGCGCCCAACGAGGCGGGCCUGCUCAACAACUCACUCGCCUGGGAGCUGUUCGCUUCUGAAAAUGAGAGCCGUGCAUUUGACUUCGUGCACACUGAGAGCGUGGCGCUGCCCCACUGGCGGGCUCGGCGAGUCGCUAACCUGGCGGCCUCGUGGCACGGGGUGGGCUACGAGGCCCUGCACUCCACGCUGGUGCAGGACCUGUUGCACGGUGAGCGCGCCCCGCGGUCGCCUGAGGCCGAGCGCCACCUCCACGACGUGAUGCCGAGGCUCAUACAGGAGAUUCGGUUCUUCUCUAGCUAUGCUCACCACAUAUGCAUAAGCGAUAGCGCAGGCGAGAUUUUAAGGAGCGUGUAUCAGCUUCCUAACCGGAGGGUGCAUGUCAUUCUCAAUGGUGUCGAUCAAAAGAGUUUCAGGCAUGAUCCAGAGAUGGGCUUGCGGUUCCGGAGAGAAUUCGGCCUCCCGCAGAACGCGAGCUUGGUAAUGGGAGUGGCUGGGCGGUUGGUUAAGGAUAAGGGGCACCCAUUGUUGUUCGAGGCUUUCUCUGAAAUAAGAGAGAGACACCCCGGCGUAUUCCUUCUGAUCGCCGGCUCGGGGCCAUGGGAGUCGAGGUACAGGGAUUUACAGCCUAAUGUGAAGGUCUUGGGGGCGCUGGACCCAGAGAGAUUGGCCGAGUUUUACAACUCUUUGGACGUGUUUGUGAACCCAACGCUGAGGCAACAGGGGUUGGAUUUGACUCUGAUGGAGGCAAUGCAGUGUGCGAAAGCGGUGGUGGCCACCGAUUUUCCGAGCAUAAAAGGGAGUGUGGUGGUGAGCGAGGGGAUGGGUUACACAUUUGCGCCUAACGUUGGGGCUCUAGUGGAGGCUUUGGAGGAGGUGAUAAAGGAUGGACAUGAGGUUUGGAGGGCCAAGGGGAUGGCGAGCAGGGCGUAUGCGUCCAGCAUGUUUGCGGCGGAGAAGAUGGCCACCGCAUAUGAGCGGUUCUUUUUGUGCAUGAACGACCGCCACUAUUGCCGAUAUCCGCUCCCUACUGACUGUUAGUUAGUUACUCGAUGGUUUCACAACCCACACAUACACAUACAAAAACUCUCUCUCUUCCCCUGUUCCGAAACAGAUCACUCUCUCUUCUCCCCUGUUCCUGAAAAUACCUCUCUCUCUCCCUGCCAAAAACAAAAAAUAAGAGCAGUUUCCCUCUUUUUUAUCAUUAGUUUUUAACUACGCUUUUUUGCCCUUCUUAAACUUGUUCCAUUCCCUUCUAUGUUUUUAGCUGUAGAAGUUUCCUUCUGGGUUUAGUUGUAGAAUGGAUAAGGGCGUGUACAGCAGCAGCAGCAGCAUAGUGUAGUUUACUGGUAUUAUUUUUCAUAUAAUAAUUGAGAUUGUUUUCAUUA